AUGCCGUUUAGUNGUAAACGAGUAUCGAUACACGAUCGAUUACGAUAUAUUGUCGAUCGCAUCAAUGAGGCAUUAAAUCAACUUCGACGAUAUCCAAAUCUGCAAUCGAAAAUUCAACCUCGUGUCGACACACUCUUCUCAGAAUAUGACGAAGUUAAUCAAGCGGCAGAUAAAUUAUUAACUGAUUAUGCAGCUACAUCAACAACGACAGUCGCCACUACAAAAAAGAUCCGCCUUUUACCGUUCGGUCGAGAUGAAAAGAAAAUCUAUCCAUUUUCAAUGUCAUCGACGACAACCACAACAAAUUCCUAUGAUGUCGACAAUGAUAAUGAAUACGAUUACGCGAGUAAUGACGAAUACGAUGUCGAAGACGAAGGUGAAGAUAAGACAUCGACAAGUACGAUAACAACAACUGAACCUGAACCCAUUAACUACGAUCAAGUCGAGCCAAGCGAAAGUGAUUGGGAUAAUAGUAAUGAUGAAAGCGAAGCAACAUUCGAUAUCAAGAUUGACGAUCAAAAUCAACAAGCGUUUAUUAAUGAAAAUGACAUUCGUCCGAUAGUACCAAUCCAACGCGUGCCAAAGAAUAUCUUCGUUACAUAUUUACCAUAUGUAUUCGGAUGUUUACUUGUCGUCAGCGUUUCCAUUGGCUUGUUUCUCUUUCGAUUCAUUCGACAAAAUCGCUCGUACGGACAUAAAUACGAAAAGAAUUAUGUCUUUACCGAAGUUGAUUCGUGUUCACCUGAAGAAAAAGCAUUACACAACUUACAAAUGAAUGGUUAUGAAAAUCCAACCUAUAAAUUCUUUGAAAAUCAAACACCGAAAUGUUAA